AUGCGCGACUUCCCCCGCGGCGUCGUCCUGAUCGACGACCUCACGGCGAUGGACCCCGGGCUUGUCGCCGCCCUCGCCCCCCUCUUCGGCCGCGGUACCCACUUCCCCGAGCAGCUCUACCCCCACUACGCCGAGGACGACCCGAAGGGGAAUAACCAUCGGGAAAGGAGCGAACGCGAGGCCCCGCCGGUCUCCCAGCUCCUCGUCUUCAUCACCACGGACCUCGGGAAGCAGGGGCGGACCCGCGGGAAGUCGCUGCAGGAGAUCGAGCAGAUGGUGCGAGGGUCCUUCGUGGGGCUCUACGGCGCCCUCCUCCCGGCCUACACCCACACCUUCGCCUACCUGCCCUUUAACGCGCGAACGGCCGAGGCGGUCGUCCGCGGGGCCAUCGCGGAGUUCCCCUGCGAGCUCGCGGACUCGAGUUUUCACGACGCCGUGAUGGCGAGCAGCAUCGACGAGGCCGCCGUUUCCUUUCUCGUCCAGCGGCUGCGGCCGGAGUGGGAUGGUAGGGAGAAUGCGCACGCCUUGCGCCGCAUGAUUAACCACCUCCGCGCGGAGGUCUUGGGGUAUUUGGAAAAACAUGGAAUCGACCGCCGGAUUAUCGCACGCUUCGUGUUGGACGAACAGGCGAUGGAGGUGAAGCUGCAGGUCGAGGGUUGGAACAACGGGUAUGGGGGUGAUCUUUAA